AUGCUUGGUGCGCUCAGAACGAGUGAGAACAUGGGAUGGGAAGGCACGGUGAGCACAUUAUGGGUGGGCAUGCGGAGGGGAUGGGCGAGGUGGAUGGAGGGGCCAGGGAUGGCCCAUUGCAGGCGUGGCUGGCUGAGAGGGUGUGGGAGUGGAUCCCCAAUGGUGGCAUGUGUGCAUUGCAAGCAUGCACUGGAAUGCAUGGGGGAGGAGAGAUGGGUGGUGGAUGAUGGGCAGAUCUUCUCCUCCCGAGCUCAGAUCUACUCCUCCCGAGCUCACAUCUCCUCCUCCCGAGCUCCGAUCUACUCCUCCUCAGCUCAGAUCUACUCCUCCCCAGCUCAGAUCUACUCCUCCCCAGCUCAGAUCUACUCCUCCCCAGCUCAGAUCUACUCCUCCCCAGCUCAGAUCUACUCCUCCCCAGCUCAGAUCUACUCCUCCCCAGCUCAGAUCUACUCCUCCCGAGCUCAGAUCUACUCCUCCCGAGCUCGGAUCUACUCCUCUCGAGCUCAGAUCUACUUCUCCCCAGCUCAGAUCUACUCCUCCCGAGCUCACAUCUCCUCCUCCAGAGCUCAGAUCUCCUCUCCAGCUCAGAUCUACCCCUCCCCAGCUCAGAUCUACUCCUCCCGAGCUCAGAUCUACUCCUCCCGAGCUCAGAUCUACUCCUCCCCAGCUCAGAUCUACUCCUCCCGAGCUCAGAUCUACUCCUCCCGAGCUCAUAUCUACUCCUCCCGAGCUCAGAUCUACUCCUCCCGAGCUCAGAUCUACCCCUCCCGAGCUCAGAUCUACUCCUCCCCAGCUCAGAUCUACUCCUCCCGAGCUCAGAUCUACUCCUCCCGAGCUCAGAUCUACUCCUCCCCAGCUCAGAUCUACUCCUCCCGAGCUCAGAUCUACUCCUCCCGAGCUCAGAUCUACUCCUCCCCAGCUCAGAUCUACUCCUCCCGAACUCAGAUCUACUCCUCCCGAGCUCACAUCUCCUCCUCCCGAGCUCAGAUCUACUCCUCCCGCGCCCUGCUCUACUCCUCUUGCCCUCAGAUCUGCGCAUUUCGCACUCAGAUCUGCACAUUCCGCACUCAGAUCUACUCUCCUGCGCCCAAAUCUGCAUUCCGCGUGCUCAGAUCUACAACUCGCACGCCCUUGCUAGUCCGACCGCGCGCCCUGGUCGUCCGCGCCCUGCCCGUCCGCGCGCUCUACUCGUCCGCCCUUCGCGUCCCCGCCCUGCCCGUCCGCACGCCUUGCUCGUCCGCGCCCUGCCCGUCCGCGCGCCGUAGUCAUCCGCACCCUGGCCGUCCGCGCGCCCUAGUCAGCCGCACCCUGGCCGUCCGCGCGCCCUGUUCGUCUGCACGCCCUGCUCGUCCGCGCUCCGGUCGUCCACGCUCUCCCCGUCCGCGCACUCGUUGCACGCCCUCCUUCCUCGCUCGCUGUCCCCCUCCCCUUUCGCACUGGCAUGCAUCAGCAGUGGUACCGGUGGGCAUGAAGGAGGGCAUAGUGGCAGCUGUGGUGAUGGUCAAGGGAGACUCGCAGGAUAUUGUGGUGUCAGGGUGUAAACUCUCCACCCAAGCCCACCAUGCCCCGAGUCAACCCUUCUCUCUACCUCCUCCUCCUCCUCCUCCUCCUCCUCCUCCUCCUCCUCCUCCUCCUCCUUCUCCUCCUCCUCCUCCUCCUCCUCCUCCUCCUCCUCCUCCUCCUCCUCCUCCUCCUCCUCCUCCUCCGCAGCAAUAG